AUGCGCCAAUCCCAAACGCUGGACAUGCUCAAUGGUGCUUCAGAGAUCAGAUCGUGGCUGAACAGGGGCCGUCCUCUUCCCUAUCAUAUCGAACGUACGGAAGAAGAAGAAGCUACUGGUGGUACUAAAGCAAACGAAAGCCAGUCAGACCGGGCUAAUUCUGCCGCAAUUGCGACGAGAGAGAAGUCCGCUGCCGUCAGGGUUUACUGGCAGGCACGUCUGGAAAGCUCGAUCGCGGCGAUAAAGUCGUCUGUCUCCUUGCCCCGAUAUCUACUGAACGCGGCACUCGUUGGCCUUGUCAUCGGCAUUGGACUGUUUGGGCUAUUCCAGUGGACUGGAUACCGGAGCCCAUCUGAUCGAAACAAGGUUAUCACUCUUAUGAUGAUCGCCAUUUCCCUCGCCAUAUAUGCUCCGGUGCAUUGGCUUAACCGUGACUUAUUCAGAGGCGUUGACAUUAAGAAGGGAGACAACCAGACACGAACCGACAGCGUAGAACGCUACGAUGACGAAAAAGGCUGGGUCAAAGUAGACAAGCUACAAGAGGAGCUUCGCGAUGCUCGUGAAGGUGCGUAUGAGUAA